AUAAGUAAAUUUCCAUUUGGCGGAUAUCUACCUCCUCUAAAUUUUCAGUUAAAGAAUCGACCACGAAGCUGUUCGCCGGGAAGAAGAAUUGCAAAUACGGGAUGGAUAUGAACGAAAUCUCAUUGAACAAAUUCGAGCUUGGUGAAAGCGACACGACGAUCUUUGCGGAAAUAUGCAUCGCCCGGAGGAGUUAAAGGAAAAGGAUAUAAAGGACUGCCGUGACAACAUGAACAAAUGUUCGUCGUGCAUAUAUAUGCUUCUCCGUUUGCUCUUAUUCUAUUCCUGCUCUCGCUAUGCGCCUGGCUCUGCGUUUGCCGGUGGGGAUUCGGCUACAAUCUGAAAGACCGAGAAAUCGCCUAUUGCCUGGUAGUCUAUUUUAUUAUUAUUACGUUCCUGAACGUCAUGUUUUUAGGACAUAUACGACUAUUUUACGAUUAUCCACCGGAAAUGAUCGGUAAUUGCUAGGGUUAUCGGCAGAGCGAUAGCAGGUGACGUCGUCGCCUUGACGGCCGCUAGAUGGCGUUACUCGCACAAUUCCUGCAGCUGAAAGGAUCUGCCAAUUCCCGGAGUGCGAGGUAUUAAUUUUCGAGUAAUUAAUGAUUUCUCGCGGCAUAUUUCAGUGAGAAACGUAAUUAACUCUGGUGGAUGCGCAGAAAGUGUUUGUAGUUAUCGAAAUCAACGAAGAUUGCACGGAGCUUGAUUGAUCGCUUCUAACCUAACCUAAAAUUGGAACUACUACGAUGGGUCUUUCACGGCACAUUCGUUUCAUCAGCCGUACGAUCUUUGUUCAGAACAACGACGUGGAUAAGGCAUGCCGCUUAUUAAAUCGCAUACUGUCCAAAGAAGAAUUGUUCAGUCAGUACAGGCGCACGAGGUAUUAUGAGAAACCGACUCAGGUCAGACGUAGGAUCAACUAUGAGAAGUGCAAGUCGAUCUACAACGAGGAUAUGGACAGGAAGAUCGCAUUUCUUCUACGCAAGAACAGAGUAGAUCCUUUUCCCGGUGCAUCGUAAGAUUAUCUAUUGCAUAGAUCAGAGUGUAUAAUUACAAUAAAUCUGUCCGUCAAUUGAUACCCCAUGAUUUAUUUAUGAAUAAGUAUUGUCAAAAAUAUAGAAAAUAUCCUA